CGCUACUAGUACUGCAGUGGCGGUGGAAAAGUCAGGUCGUGAUCAGAACUUUGGCGACGGGAUGACGGGAAUCUGAAGCUGAAAAGUCCAAGUCCGGAUCGUGGCAAGGGGGAGAACUGGAUCGGAUCGGGUUGAGCCAGCUGCAUUUUUACAGAAUCCGCCAGAGUCAAAGAAGGCAUGCCUGCGUUGUCCCCCAACUUCAACACCAUGAUGAAUAUCAUGAUGGGUACCUCACACGCUGGAUCUACCACUGCGACCAAGUAGCAGAAUUAGUGCUCGAUGAGAACCACGGGUCGAUCGAAUGGUCGAAUCUGGCUGCCGCAGUCAUGGUCCCAGGUACUGUACCUCUACAAUGUACAGUGCCUGGGGGGCAGGCACCUCACUGGCAGUCUCUGCUGCGACUAGUGUCUGUAGGGGCUACCCUAGGCUCUGUCCAGGGCCGCCCGGCCGUGGAUGCCGCUGCUCCUCUUCCAAUUUGAACCUGGCAUCUCUGUACGUCAAGGUCCAAGCCAUCGGCAUUUUGAGCCAAGGACCACCCGCCAAAUCUGCAUCCAACUCGUCAUCCAUCUUGUGUUAGACUGAUCUUGGACUCAGCUUGAUCCUCUUCUACACUCAAGUCGACGGAUGUCGGUAGCCCCCCUUGCCGUCGCUCAUGCGGCCUGGUAGGACCAAACGUUCUUGUCCCAUUCCAGUGCGUUGUCCGCAGUCUUGUCCUGCCCGGCCUGUCACCGAAUCCAUGUCGGUCCUCUUCCUUUCGCUCCUUUUGCCACUGACCCGGCUGUCCAGCGAGCCACGGAUCGUGAAAUCCGCCAGAAAAUAGGAGGGCCGUGCAGGCCCGUUGCGUCAGGCAUCCGAAGACAAAACAUCAACGCACGAGCGGUCAUCCGAACUCCUUACCACGAGCACCCAUGCUCACUGUCAGAGUAGCGCACUCGCUCGUAGCAGCCUUCAAGUCGGACUUGAACAGGGGUUUACUCGCAGCUGCCAGCUGGCUUGUGGUCCUGGCGACCUGAGCAUUUGCUGGAGAACGCCAUCGAGACCCAAAACUGCACGUUCCUUUCAAUCUGCAGAGUGCCAAAAGCCAAUAAAAUCGUGCACCCUUUCAAAAGUUACGCAGGUCUCAAAAUGCCCGGUCCAUUUUCGCAUACAAAGCCUGGAAAGUUACGACUGACUCUUUGUCUGCCAAAGGUCAUUUCGCAAGGCCAUCAUAUCACCAGCCCGAUGAAAGGCAGACGUAAGAUUAGCAAUCGACCUUGACGAAUGUAUUUGGGACUUCCUAGGCAAGAGAUCCAAUAGUGCUUUUUCCAGCCAUUGAAGCCGCUGGCCCACCUCGAAUCUAGGGCGCCAGAGGCGGGCAGUGGAACAGCCUACGUUUAACAUACUCCGCGAUGUCUACGAUGCUCUUUUUGGGAUCCCCUAAGCGCCGAUGGCUGAGAUAGGCGAACUGGUCCACCAAUUCCUGCCUUCGCAUUAUUUACUAUUACCUCCUACUCUCUCAUGCAAGUCCAAAAUCCCGGUUUUUGCAGUAGGGCGUAUUUCCCUUUGCCACCUGGGCAUUGAAGCCAAAUUGUGGAUCCCUUUGGACGACAACCGCAAAUGCUGGGCCUGCACGUUUCAAGAUCCAACAGUGGUCAAAUCUGUCAACCUGCUCCCAGCCACAGACUGGUCCUCUAAACUCCUCCACUACGCUUCCGCUGAGGUGCGCAUUGGCUUGAUCGUCGCCUCGUGCAAACUGUCAAUCCAUCGAUGAUGACUUGCCCCGGUGUGUGACCCGCGUGGAGCGCCCUUUCCACGCGAGGUACGCAUCCCAACCUCGUCUCGAAACUCCGGCAUGAAUCUGGCGCAUCCGAACAAAAGUUUUCAACCGGUUCGGGUACCUGACUUUGUCCUUGCAGUUUGGCAGAAUGUCGCUCCUCGCCCCUCGCCUAUCUGGAUAUCCACCGUAAGGGCAACAGUUAUGUAGGUAGCUGGCAAAUGAACCCGUUGCCCGAACGGGCCGGCGUGGAGUACCAUCGGGGAUUCCAAGCCGGCGAUUCUCACCGUAUUGGAAUUUCAACGACAGCGAUGAUCGCAAUGCAGCACUGUCCAACUUCACGUGUUCGAUGGGACCUCGUGGUUUGAUAUAGCAUAACGGUGGGUAACGGGUGCCGCCUACACUACUACCUCCACUAUAUCUCUGUAUGUGGACCACCUGCCCAUGAGCAUUACAACACUGUAUGUAUGUCUGAAACUGGCAGUGUCAACGCCUCCGUGGGCCACGAUCAAAGGCCUUGUAUUGUUUACUGCCGGAUGACAGAUCAUGGAGUCCUUCGCCUUCAACUAACAGGGUGCUUCGUUCUUGAGUCAUAAGUGCGGUGGGUUGGCGUGGUCUUCCUUACAGCGAACACCUGGGCACCGCUCACCAUGCCGAGCCCUGAUCAACCGCCUGACAGUACCUAGGUAUGCAAGGGGCGACUCUCUCAGCACGGUUCUCACUCCCACCAUGAGCACGGACAGCUUAUUGCGGGGGUGGUCAUACUGGAGUCAUAGGUCGCUUUGCAGCUUCCAUCCAGGAUUGCUCGAAUGAGUCGAAUCUUGCUCGAAAAUCAUCUUCAUUGUUGAGGAGCCUCCUGGAGGAGAACUCUUCGGCAACAAAGAGCAUUCCAUGUGCUUAAUGACGCUCGGCACACCGAACAAAGCUUCACUCGCCUAUUUUCGUUCAAAGAAUUGAGAUUUGUUUGAUCCACUAAAAAUAGAUUUCUUUUGUGUCUCUGUUGGACGAACAAGAUGGCACGAACCACACAAGAACAAAGGUAAGCGAAGCGAAUGACUAUUUUACACAUGACCUACUUCAGACUUGCAAUGUUUGUUGCUUGUCCAAGACCGCCGAAGUUUGAGCGCUGGCAAGAGUCCACCAUCUCUCACCAGCUCCAGCUCGCAGAGUUGUAUCCAACCAGGAGAAGAAUCAAGACUUCACCCCUCAGUGCAUAUAUCACCAUGCUUCUACACUGGCGGCGAGACGAUCAGAGCUGCCCUACGGGCCAGAACUACUACCGUUGCUCCUCGGUCUCCUAUGCGGGUUGUUGUGCCCAUGACCCUUGCGGUUCUGGAGUUUGCACAGACUCAGAUUCCGACAUAGGGGCCGGUUCUUGCGGCGAUUACCAUACAGUAACUGUGACACAGACAGUUCUACAGGGCGCUGCUACAAGCACCGUCGAUCCCACCAACAGUGCCGCGGCUCCUGCGUCCGUAAGCAACGAUCUGGUCGCCAUCAUCAGUGCAACAGGCAGUUCGGAUCCCUCUAGCAGCUCCAGCGGGUCGGCAACAACCACCACGGGUUCGCCAGGAUCAUCUUCGACAGGCCUUGCUCCAUGGUCUCUUGCCAUGACAAGCAGUGGUAGUAGUAGCGGUCCCUAUACCACGACCACGCUAUCAAGCAUGCCGGCCACGACCAAGACAUUGAGUCUCGUCGUGGCAUCUCGUACCUCGACAGCCACCAAAUGUCCCACAUCCAAACCCAAACCCGCCAAUUCCAGCCCCAAAUCGACGACGCCACCGGGCACCAUCGCCGGAAGUGUCAUUGGCAGCAUGGCGGGUCUGGCAUUGAUCAUCCUACUUCUGACCUGGUGCUUCCGACGGAAAAAGAAGGUGAGAUUCACCUUUAAACGGAAGACUCAGACCACAACCACAACCACAGAACCGCCAUCCUCAAAGUCAACUGCGGAAAAGGAAUUGGAAGACGGGCAAUCAUCCGCCAGUUCCAACAUCACCACGAACUCGGCAUAUCAGGGUGCGAACAACAAUAAUGCAAAUGUCACCGGCCAGUCUCCCAACCAGUGGCAUGGCAACAGACCUCUUCCCAGUCCUCGAUCACUUGAUUUCGGAUUGCCCCAGAUCCCGCAGCACUCGACUGCUUUCUUGCCGAAACAGUGGAUCUAGCUGAGGUAAGUAGCUAGACAGGUAAGUUUGGCUAUGUCUGUCGCCUGCCGGCCAGAAAAAGUCGUUGUCGUAUCUAUGCAAGAGGGAAGUUCCGCGAGCAAAAAGAAGGACCAAUAUUUGUGUAUAGAAGGGAAAAGUACUGUAAAUUCUUGCACACCUGCAUAUAUACAUACCUACAUAGGUACACAGUGGAAGCAGGCCUAGGUACAAUGUUGACUUCUACAAUGUACUUACUGCAUUGAUAUAAUGCCCAACCCGUAUUUGCC